AUUUGGCUAUAACAACACGUCAACAGCAACGUCAACAAGGCAAAACAAUGAAGUGGUUCAAUUUGUUUCUAAUUUUUGGAGUUUUGGCCAUGAUUAGCAGUCUGGGCACUUUGACAGCUGCCGAACCGCAACCGAACCCGGAGCCCAAAGGUCGUCCACAUACCACACGUCGUCCGCGACAGGAUAAUGGGGACAAUGUCAAACGACGCUAACAACAUUCCAUCCUUGUUGUUGUUGCUUUUGAGUUGUUAUUCGUUAUUCGCGGCACCUUAAAAAAGUUUCCACAAGCAACCGAAAAAAAAAGGAUUUUAUUUUUGAUCAUCUUGGUUUAUUUUGUCAUUCAUAGUUUCUAGAGUUAAAUUGGUCUGCUUAAUAAAUAUAUAUAUAU